AAACAGGCGGCGACGUCGGACACCGGCGGGGGACCGCGACCUGCCGGUAAAAGAUGAGUAAUCGCCUUGAGGGAUGAAGCUGGCGAGCCAGGGAGGGCUUCGAGAAUCGGCAACAGCGCCGCCUCGUCUUUUCUGGAGGCUCGUGUUCCGCCGCCGAAUCCGUUCGAGGGACCGGGCUUUCGGGCGGCCCGGCCUCGGUGCUCGGAUGACCGGACUACAUUUCCCGGCGUGCCCCGUGCCCGGGCUGUCCUUUUUCCGCACGUCACUUGCCAUGUGCCUCUUGUUUUCCCAGCAUCCCCUAUCUACUUCCGGGUUCGGGAGCCGUGAUAGGAGAAGGUGCGGGAGCGCUGUGUGUGGCUCGGGACCUUUCUUCGGCUCUGGAGGGUUAGGGGCGCGUGUGGGGGCCGAGGCGGGCCGGAGGAGGCACGGGGCUGUGGAGAGGGCAGUGCCAGGCUGCCGGUUGUGGAGUGACGUUCUCCCACGCCUACCGGCCGCGAUCCCCAGGCCCUUCUCCACGCCAUGGCGGAGGUGAUUCAGAAAAAGCUUCAGGGGGAACUGGAGAAGUACCAGCAGCUCCAGAAGGACUUGAGUAAGUCUAUGUCGAGUCGGCAGAAGCUGGAGGCACAGCUGACAGAAAACAACAUCGUGAAGGAGGAGCUAGCGCUGUUGGAUGGAUCCAACGUGGUGUUUAAGCUGCUGGGCCCAGUGUUGGUCAAACAGGAACUGGGGGAGGCCCGAGCUACUGUGGGCAAGAGACUGGACUAUAUCACAGCAGAGAUUAAACGAUACGAAUCUCAGCUCCGAGACCUGGAGAAACAAUCUGAAAAACAACGUGAGGCCCUGGCUCAGUUGCAGCAGGAGUUCCAGCGUGCCCAGGCUGCCAAGGCAGGGUCUAUGGGAAAGGCUUGACCUCCCUGGUUGGGGAGAGAAUGAAGGAGGGAAAGACUGUGGGUUACCUGCACUGUGGCAAAUAAAAUGUGAAAACACCUGA